UGAAGCGCUCGACGCGCGACUUUACGCCCUGCUGUAGCAGGGUCUGUUAAUGGAUGUCAGAGGGAGUCGAGCGGCGUGUGGAGAGAUAAACAUGGAGAAAAACGUCGGGUCGCUUCAGGAGCAGGCGCUGAAGAGAAAAGAGAGACUCAAAGCGCUGAGGGAUAAAAAACGUCACGGACAUGAGCAGGAAGAUGAAGAACCAGAGAGCAAAAAGGCGGCACUAGAGGAGACUCCUGAAGAAAAGCACAGAGAGCUGAAACUGAGGAAUUACACUCCGGAAGAUGAAGAGCUGAAAGAGAGGCAGGUACCUAAAGCCAAACCAGCUUCAGUGGAAGAUAAAGUAAAAGAUCAGUUGGAGGCAGCAAAUCCUGAGCCCAUAAUCGAAGAAGUGGAUUUGGCCAAUCUUGCACCAAGAAAACCAGACUGGGAUCUGAAGCGUGAUGUGGCAAAGAAACUGGAAAAGCUGGAAAGGCGAACGCAGAGAGCCAUCGCUGAGCUCAUCCGGGAUCGGCUGCGAGGCAGUGAGGAGGAGCUGGCUGCAGCGGUGGGAGCUGUGGGAGUGGAGGAGGGAGACUCGGACUGAAUACGUGAUGUAACGGGGAAACUGACAGAAACAGGAACGGCCUCAGUUCACUGUGCUUUCAAAUGUGAGCUGUACAUAUUGGUUUCACCCUGCAGAGGAGACGGUUGGAUGUGUUUUUUUCCUCACCUUCCUAUGAGUCAAGUGUUUCAUAUGUGGUUUCUGAAGGUGUGUUUUAUAUAUAUAUUUUUUUAAACAUUUAAAAUAAAAUGGCUGUUUUUUUUUUUUAAAUGUCUGAAUUUCCUUGUUAAAUAAAUAAAGCUACUAUAGAAGAUAUUUGGAUUAAAACAUCAGUUUGUAAGCAAAGACUUGAGUUCGUAUUUCUCCCAAAGUCUAAAUGAAUCAGAAGGAAGAAGAGCAGAAAGGAAAAUGUUAUUUUUAGGCUUCAUUCAUCCUCUGUCUUCCAUUGUGUGUUAGAGAUCUGACUCACACUGAUUCAUUCCAACCUGACCGCUUUUAUGCUGGUUAAUUAAAUAUUUACAGAGAAAAGUUUAAUUAUCCUAGAAUCCAUCUAUCUGUCCAUUCUUUCAUUAAUCUAUGAUUUCAUUAAUCUGCCUAUUCAUUUAUGUAUUCAUUCAUCUUCUGCCAUCCAUUCUUCCUUUCAUCUUUGUUUUCCAUUCAUUCUUCUGUUGAUCUGUCCAUCUUCAUUCAUCCAUCUGUGUCCAUCCAGCCAGUAAAUAACUGAACUUGA